GUUCCAAGUGCUCCGUCGCAGUAAACAGGAGGGAGAGGUUUGUUCGGUGUCUUGGCUGAUCGAGCAGCCGCGGAGCGCCCACGUCUGUCGGCAUGAUCUUCCUGACGGUAAUCGCUCGGCUGGCGGACGGUCUGCCGCUGGCUGCGUCCAUCCAGGAAGAUGAACAGUCAGGAAGAGACCUCCAGCACUACCAGAGUCAGGCCAAGCAGCUGCUCCGGAAACUCGACGCUCAGAGCCCGGACCGCUGCAUGCUGGAGGCUGGGAACAUGAACUUCUGUUACUUCAUAUCCCAGGGUGUUUGCUGCCUGUGUCUCUGUGAUGCCUCUUUCCCCAAAAAGAUGGCUUUUGGGUACCUAGAGGACCUCCAUAAUGAAUUCUGUGAGCAGUAUGGAAAGAGAGUCCCUGCAGUGACGAGGCCAUACUCCUUCAUAGAGUUUGAUACGUACAUCCAGAAAACAAAGAAGUCUUACGUUGACAGCAGGGCUCGGAGGAACCUGAGCAGCGUCAGCACGGAGCUGCAGGACGUCCAGAGAAUUAUGGUGGCAAAUAUCGAGGAAGUCCUGCAGAGAGGAGAAGCUCUUUCUGCUUUGGACACCAAGGCCAGCAACCUGCGCAGCCAGGCCGAGAAGUACCGCAGCGACGCCAGGUUCCUCAACACCCGCUCCACCUACGCUAAAGUCGCUGCCGUGGUUUUGGUCUUCGUGACGCUCAUCAUCUAUGUGCGCUUUUGGUGGCUUUGAUGAUUAAACAAAGACUCUGAAAAGGGGGGGAAAGUUUUCCCUCUUUCUGUGGUGGAGGAAGACCUUUCUUCUCUGCUGUAGCUUUAGGUUUUGUAUCCUGUGAAAGCAGAGCUGUCGGUGUUUAGUUGGACUUUUCUUUUGUACGGAGUCAAAUAUUCUACAGAGGGGCGUUGUGGUUGUUUACAGAGGCAGAUGUUUGCACAUUGGAGGCGGAGCUUCUCUGAGUUACACAACAGAAGAAGAAGAAGAAGCAGCUUCCAGAUAAUAUGUUGACACUGUGAGGAAAACACUCUGGUUAAUUUGUAUUGUUUUGAAAAAAAUUAAAGAUUUAGCAAACUA